AUGGUUCGUGGUUACAGAAUUGCAUGGAAAUCUCUGUUUGAUGAUGAGUCUGGAGAGAAGACUGUACCUGGUGAUGUCACUAAUACGGUCCUAGAGUACCUUAAACCAGAAACAAAAUAUAAAAUCUCAGUUUUUGCUAAUUACAAAAGUGGCGAAGGAGCCCCUCUUGAAGGAGAAGCUACUACUGAAGUGUCACCAAAUGCAAAGACUCUUACCGUCAGCGAUGAAACAGAAACUACCAUGAAAGUUACAUGGCAGCCUGCUCCAGGAAAUGUUGUGAAUUAUCGAGUGAUCUAUCGGCCAAAAGCAGGAGGAAGGCAAAUUGUUGCUAAAUUGCCUGGCUCAGCCACUACAACAGUAUUAAGAAGGCUUCAACCUUUAACUACCUAUGAUAUAACUGUUGUCCCAGUUUACAAGUCAGGAGAUGGAAAAGCAAGACAAGGAGAAGGAACAACUGCUUCUCCUUACAAAUCACCAAGGAACCUGAAAACAUCUGAUCCAACAAUGUCAACAUUCCGAGUGACCUGGGAACCUGCUCCAGGAGAAGUAAAAGGAUACAAAAUCACUUUCUAUCCUGUAGGGGAUGAAAGGCAAUUGGGAGAAAUGAUGGUUGGUCCUUAUGAUAAUACGGUGGUACUGGAAGAACUCAGGGCAGCAACAUCUUACAAGGUCAAUGUUUUUGGAGUGUUUGAUCAAGGACAGAGUGCACCUUUGGUUGGAGAAGAAAUGACAACUCGGUCAGAUGCACCUGAUGUCCCUGUUGAUACUGCAGGUCUGGAAUGCAAAACUAAUGCUGCUGCAGACAUAGUUUUGCUGGUGGAUGGUUCUUGGAGUAUUGGCCGUCCAAACUUCAGGACAGUAAGGACUUUCAUCUCACGAUUGGUUGAAGUCUUUGAGAUUGGCCCUGAGCGAGUACAGAUUGCACUUGCUCAGUACAGUGGAGAUCCCAGAACUGAAUGGCAGCUUAAUGCUCACCCCACUAAGAGUUCUUUGUUGGAUGCUGUUGCUAGAUUGCCUUACAAGGGGGGCAAUACUCUUACAGGCCUGGCUCUGAAUUUCAUCUUACAAAAUAAUUUUAAGCCUGAGGUUGGAAUGAGACCCAAAUCUCGCAAAAUUGGGGUACUUAUCACUGAUGGAAAAUCACAAGAUGACAUUGUUAUACCAUCAAAAAGCAUACGAGACCAAGGAAUAGAACUGUAUGCUAUAGGUAUUAAAAAUGCAGAUGAAAAUGAACUGAAGGAAAUUGCUACGGAUCCAGAUGAUGUUUAUGUGUUCAAUGUCCAAGACUUCAAUCUGCUCACCAACAUCGUUGAUCCUCUCACAAAUAAUUUGUGUAACAGUGUCAAGGGUGGCGGAGACCUGGAAGCCCCUUCUGACUUAAGAACAUCGGAGCCCACUCCUCGUUCUUUUAGAGUGUCAUGGGUCCCCCCAUCUCAUAGUGUGGACAGAUUCAGAGUAGAAUAUUAUCCAGUAUCUGGAGGCAGACCUCAAGAGGUUAUUGUUAGCAGAAAUGACAGAACAACAGUGCUGGUUGACCUAAAGCCCGAAACAGAAUAUGUUGUCAAAGUGUAUUCAGUGGUAGAAGGAGAGAGCAGCGAGCCACUGGUUGGCCAAGAAACAACAUGUAUGUUUUUUUUUCUUCUUGUUGAUUUAAUCAUAUAUUAA